GAGCCCAGUGAGAGAGGGAGUCACUAUUCAGGGUCCUGGAUCUGGUCAGCAGCAGCUGGUUCUGCCUGUCUCCAUGUGGCAGACAGAGGAAAGCCACAGUGCUUUCUCUGCUGGAUGCAAAACAACCCGCAAACCAGAACUUCCAUGCCUCUACUUAAAAUUACAUAGAUGACUUGUCAAGUUCAAUUGAUUAUUACUGUAUGAAGAAAAAGAAGUUCCUUGUUAUAGCUUGGAUCCAACGGUCCAAAACAAAAGAUGCAGCUGCCAUUGGAAUCACAGAUGAACAAACUUCUGCACUGACUUUCAAAAGCAAGAAUAAUAGCAGCACACUCCUGGGUCUGCUUUACCAACAGAUGCAAAAAGAAGUCAAGAAAUCAAAAAUACCCUGAAAAUAAAAGAGGGCAGAUUUAUGCCAAUUUCUUCACCUGAAAAAAACAGUGCUGGGCACUUUAAAAAGCACCCAACACCAUCUAGCCACAUUUCAAGAUGAAGGCUUUUAUCUGGACCCUAGGUGUGCUCUUCUUCCUACUUGUGAGCAUAGGACCCAGCAGGGGCAAACAGUCCAAACUUAAAAAAUCUCCCCAAAGGAGAUACCCUCGUGCCACAGAUGGCAAAGAAGAAGCAAAGAAAUGCUCAUACACAUUCCUGGUGCCGGAACAAAAAAUUACAGGGCCGAUCUGUGUCAACACCAAAGGACAGGAUGCAGGCACCGUCAAGGACAUGAUCACCAGGAUGGACCUAGAGAACCUGAAAGACAUGUUGUCUCGGCAAAAGCGGGAGAUUGAUGUCCUACAACUGGUGGUGGAUGUGGAUGGAAACAUUGUGAAUGAGGUGAAGCUGCUGAGGAAGGAGAGCCGCAACAUGAACUCACGUGUUACUCAACUCUACAUGCAGUUAUUACAUGAGAUAAUCCGUAAGAGGGACAAUUCACUGGAACUUUCCCAGCUGGAAAAUAAAAUACUCAAUGUCACCACGGAAAUGUUGCGGAUGGCUACGAGGUACAGAGAACUGGAGGUGAAAUAUGCCUCCUUGACUGAUCUUGUUAAUAACCAGUCUGUGACCAUCACUUUGUUAGAAGAACAAUGCUUGCGCUUAUUCUCCCGUCAAGACCCCCACAUGUCUCCUCCUUUAGUCCAGGUAGUGCCACAACACAUCCCUAGUACCCACCAGUAUACUCCUGGUCUGCUGGGAGGCAAUGAGAUACAGAGGGAUCCAAGUUACCCCAGAGACUUAAUACCACUGCCUGAGCUGGCAACUGCUCCCACCAAAAGUCCUUUUAAGAUACCACCAGUAACUUUUAUCAAUGAAGGACCAUUUAAAGACUGUCAGCAUGCAAAAGAUGCUGGACAUUCAAUCAGUGGAAUUUAUAUGAUCAAACCUGAAAACAGCAAUGGACCAAUGCAGUUAUGGUGUGAGAACAGUUUGGAUCCUGGGGGUUGGACUGUUAUUCAGAAAAGAACAGACGGUUCUGUCAACUUUUUCAGAAACUGGGAAAAUUACAAGAAAGGGUUUGGAAACACUGAUGGAGAAUAUUGGCUUGGCUUGGAAAACAUCUAUAAGCUUAGCAAUCAGGAUAAUUACAAGUUGCUGAUUGAGUUAGAAGACUGGACCGAUAAAAAAGUUUAUGCAGAAUAUAGCAGCUUUCGCCUGGAACCUGAAAGUGAAUUCUAUCGACUGCGAUUGGGAACAUACCAGGGAAAUGCAGGGGAUUCUAUGAUGUGGCACAAUGGUAAACAGUUCACCACACUGGACAGAGACAAAGACAUGUAUGCAGGAAACUGUGCACACUUUCACAAGGGAGGCUGGUGGUACAAUGCCUGUGCGCACUCCAACCUGAACGGAGUGUGGUACAGAGGAGGCCACUACAGAAGCAAGCACCAGGAUGGCAUUUUCUGGGCUGAAUACAGAGGCGGGUCCUACUCCUUGAGAGCAGUUCAAAUGAUGAUCAAGCCCAUUGACUGAAGAGGGACAGUCUCCAACUUAAAUGACACACAACUCUCUAUUUUUAGUUCCUUAAAAUGUAAAUGUUGACAUGUAUAUUAUUUAGCACAACUUGUAUCUACAGAUACUGUUUUCAAGAUGAAUUUUACUAUUAACUAUGAAAAGGGAUUUAUGAAUGUAGUUUCAUCUUUCUUCAAUAUACUGUAGAAGAUUAUUUGUAUUCACAACCAAAGUUAUUUUAAAAAUUACACAGGUAAAGUUUGUCUUCUAAAAUGUACAUACCUGCCACAAUGUUAAACAAAUCUUAGUUUUAUUUUAUAUCAAAACUGAAUACAAGUUUAGUAUCCUUAACAAUCUAUUUAAAAGUUUUAUGAGACAGCUUUAACUUUCAGUGGAAAAUGUUAAGAUUGUAGCCAAAUACAUUUUAUUUAUAAAAGUUAAAACAGGAAAUUAGAGAAAACUCUAGUUUUGCCAACAAAAAAUGCAUUUUGCAUUGAAUAAAAGUUAUUUCAAAUUCAAUUUGUGCCAUUAAUGUGAAAUAACUGAAUUAGAAUGUCAAAUAAAUUUCUUAAUAUUU